AACAAUCCUGUCUGUCUUUUCCCAAAAUAAGCCUGUGGGAGAGUGAUCGAGGAGUAAGCCAGGGAGAUUGGUCCAACGAGGUGCACGGCCCCUGGUUAUAAGACCUGGAAGUGGGAGUGCACCCUGCUCGGACCAUCAGCAUUUAGCUCAAUAUACAUUGCUGACUACCUGACUGAUUAGAAGAGUCUCACUCCAAUUUUGUUCCCUCUCUCUUCCUCUCCAAACCUGCUCCCUCCUACUUUCCAGCCUGGAGUACAGGAGUACAUAGAUUGGGAAGGUGCUCCCCAGACCUCGGUCUGGACCGCUCGAGAAACGCUCAGAGAGGAUUUUCCCUCAUUUCCCCCCCCGCUCUUUCCAUCUCAUCAUAUUAACAUUUGCCAAAAAAGCACAUGGAUUGAAUUUUAUUUUUGGACUGAAUUUUUUUCUAAAGGCCGAGUGCUGCACCUGUGGUUAGAUUAAUUUCCCUUUUUUUUUUUUGUGUGUGUCUUUUUUUCUUCUUCACCGGACUGAUUAAAGGUGCCAGAGGACGUCAUUCCUCUUUUUUGGUGGCUUCAUUGAACAUCUGAUGCCACCCCAUCCCAUGGGAGACACACGUGGCUGAAGGAGGGAGGUAGAAGAGAAGAUCCACCUGAAGAUCACAUCUACCCUCGUGUUGUCUGCCCCCACCCCCCUUGCCGCCGGACACAGUGUAGAGAAAGUUCUUUGUGUAACAUUGGAUACCUGGAAUGCUGUCCACCAUGUUGUUAGUUCCUGUCUGUAUGCUCCUAAUGCUCGGGGGGCAUGUUCUUGCCGGAGGCUACCCGCCCAUGCCUCACAUGAAGUAUAUGCAACCAAUGAUGAAAGGGCCUGUCGGCCCACCUUUCCGAGAGGGAAAGGGGCAUUAUGUUGACAUGCCACCUAUGGUAGAUGUGAAGGGGGAGCCAGGACCCCAAGGUAAGCCUGGACCAAGAGGACCUCCUGGUCCUCCAGGAAUUCCAGGAAAACCUGGACUUGGGAACCCUGGUCUCAACGGGCAGCCAGGUCCCCAAGGCCCUCCUGGCUUUCCAGGAAUUGGUAAACCAGGACUCCCGGGACUACCAGGAAAGAUUGGACCAAAGGGGAUGCCAGGUGUUACUGGUGAGGUUGGUCCUCGUGGUGAACCAGGUCUCAGGGGUCAACCAGGACAGCCAGGACUGCCAGGUCCAGCCGGCCUGUCUCUUAACGGGAAACCUGGGCUUCCAGGCAUUAGGGGACCGCCUGGUUCUCGGGGAGAACCAGGAAUAAAAGGAAUUUCUGGCCCUCCAGGUGAGCGUGGGAUUAAGGGUGAGAAUGGAAAUGGGACACCAGGACCCCCUGGUGUAAGAGGUCCUCCUGGAUUAAAAGGUAGCCCAGGACCACCAGGUCUUCCAGGCAUUGGUAAGCCUGGAGCUAAAGGUUUGCCUGGACUGGGCGGUGCUAAAGGUGAUCAGGGACUUCCAGGGGAUCGAGGGGAACCAGGAGAGGCUGGCCUUCCAGGUCUACAAGGCCAACCGGGUCCCACUGGGAUAGGAAAGCCUGGAAUUGAUGGAUCGCCAGGAGCACCGGGUCUCUUAGGUCAAAAAGGUGAGCAAGGGCUCAGGGGUCCCCCAGGGUUUCCUGGUACACCAGGAUUUGGAAAACCUGGUCUCAAUGGGCCAAAAGGAGAUAAGGGCCACCCUGGGUUAACCGGUCAACCUGGCAACAAGGGAGAACAAGGAAUGGUGGGUCCAACUGGUGAACCGGGUCUUACUGGACAACCAGGACCCCCUGGACUUCAUGGCCCCAUGGGACUCCCGGGAAAACAUGGCAUGCCAGGGGUCAAGGGAGAACUUGGGCCCCAAGGACCUCCAGGGCUGCCUGGUCUCAGGGGUGACCAAGGUCCCAAUGGGAACACAGGAAAACCUGGUAUACCUGGUGACAAAGGCCUUCCUGGACCAAAUGGAGCAAUUGGAAAACCUGGACCCAAAGGUGAAGCAGGACAUAUAGGUCUACCAGGUAAUCCUGGGCUGACAGGUCUUCAGGGACCUAAAGGUGAAGCGGGAUUUAUGGGAACACCUGGUCCCAGAGGUCAGUCUGGUAUCCCUGGUCUUCAGGGUCCCAUGGGCCCCAUGGGACCACAAGGGGCCCCUGGCUUAAAGGGUGAGUCCGGACUUCCGGGACUUCCAGGAAUGGGUAAAGUGGGAGAGAAAGGACCUAUUGGUCCUCAAGGUCCUCCGGGGAAACCAGGCCCUGCUGGACUUAACGGAAAUCCCGGCCCACCUGGCCCUCCGGGGCCCCCGGGUCUUCCGGGAAAUGGCCAAGCAGUUGUUGCAGGUCCCACAGAUUCAGAGUUGGAAGGGGGUGAAGUGCCAGGAAACCGGAAAGGGCCAGCAUACAGUCAAGGUCCACUCUCUGCCUCGUUAGCACCCGCCUUCACAGCCAUCCUCUCCAAGCCUUUCCCUCCUUCUGGUAUGCCAAUCAUAUUUGACAGGACUCUGUAUAAUGGGCAAAAUGCCUACAAUCCCUCUACUGGCAUAUUCACUGCUCCUGUGUCGGGGGUUUACUACUUUGCGUACCACGUGCAUGUGAAGGGAACCAGCUUGUGGGUGGCGUUGUAUAAGAACAAUGUACCAGCUACUUACACCUAUGACGAAUACAAGAAAGGCUACAUGGACCAAGCGUCCGGCAGCGCUGUCCUCGAGCUGAAAGAAGGUGACCAGGUCUGGGUCCAGAUGCCCUCAGAUCAAGCAAAUGGUCUCUAUUCCACCGAGUACAUCCACUCCUCAUUCUCAGGAUUCCUGCUCUGCCCCACAUAACCUUGACCUUGAUUACAGUGUAUUGCCUUAUGAGCUCUUCAGAGAAGGCCAAAACCUAAAAUACUUGCAGCCAUACCAAUUUCAAAAACAAUAAAAUCAGUACAGUUGUAGUAUUUCAGUCAUGUUUUUCCUGUAUUGUUUGUUUUCUGCCUUGCAGCCAACAGCAUUGUUGAUAGAAAAAGCAUGAAUCACAACAGGAGGAUUUUAAAGGCAUAGGAAGGAAUGUUAUUCAUUGUUCUUGUUUUGUUGUCAUUCAAAUGUUUUGAGGUGUAUUUUUAUGUUAAUUAUGGUCAUUGUUUAUUAUUGUGUCAUUGUCGUUACUUGUAGUCGGAUUGUUUGGUGCCUUAAUUUUUUUUUAUUGUACAAGCAGACCUUUCUAUGCUAGUGCACACCUUGGACAUAUACCGACAUCAUAAAGACCAAUAUCACCUGACAUUUUAGAGGGAAAGGCGGGGGGCUUUAUCUAAUUUUAUCAAUGACAAUACUGGCCAGAUUAGCAUCAGUACAACACAUAACUGUUGCCACCAAUUGUAAAUAUCAAAGAAACACGUGGAACUUCACAUUCACCUUUACUUUACCUCUACAUUCACAUUAGCAUCUAUGGAUUCUAUAUUUUUAGAGUCUACUAUAUUGUGAGUUGGUUGCUUUCGCUCUCAUUUCUGCAGCCGACCAAUUGAAACUUUAUUUUUUCUUGAUACUUAAUUUAUUUUAGUAAACUAUACACAAAAGGCAAUCCAGAGAUACAGUCUAACAAAAAAAUUUUCAAAGUAUUACUGUAUAAACCAAGGUUAUAUUAAUUGACGAUGAUGCAAAUGCAUGUUUACAUAAUUCUUCUUUUGGUGCCAGAGAAAGAUGAUUGCCGGAAUUUAUGGAUUUGAGCAAAGGUUGUUGUUUUUUCAUUCCCAAGCCACCGCUUCCAGAAUAGUUACAGUUUAACAAAAUAUGACGACAAGGACAAAAUGUUUUAGAACUAAAAGUAGAGCGAGCCGGAAAUGCAAAGCACUCCAUUUUGACUCUGUGAAUAAGUAAAGGGACUGACUGAAAGGCCCACAGGUUGUGAAAUACAAGUUGUGUAACAUUUAACAAACCCCUGGCAGCUUUCUUUGUCAGGUGGUGGGCCAGAGGGUCAGAACUGCAUAUGUACUCGUUUAUGGUGACUGGAGCAUUGAGAUACACGCCUUGUGUGCGUGUACUGUAUAACCUUCCUGCCUGUGAGUGUGUCUAAGUAUGUACUGUAUGUGGGUGUCAGCGUGUCACAUUGUCCCAUUGGCAUUCAGGUCAUGAACGAUUUGGCAAAGAUAAUAAAAAAACUGGAAUGAAGUUACAAAAUACCGGACUGAACUUGCAGUUCUGUCAAUGUUCCAUCAGAACACAAACCUGUUUGUCCUCGAAGUUUGAAAGACAGUUCUAGAUUUACUUUUAUGGUGCAAAUUAAGGGAACAUAAGUGCAAAUAAAAGACGGGAGAAUUUAGUUGAUAUGAGAAAGACAAAUUUUCAUGGUAACACUGAAUAUGAAAUAUCACAAUGACAUGUGUGCAAUAAUUUGAUGUCAACACCAAAUAUCCUUUUGAGUAGUGCUGAUGAAUGUUUAAAAUGAUUUAAGACAAAAUCCCACCGUAAGAUUAUUCUUUAUUUAAAUGUAUUGCAGUGGAAAUGUUGCCCAAAACCAUCCGUUUAUGCAAUUUAAGACAUUCAUAUACAGUGGUAUGAAAAAUUAUCUGAACUUUUUGGAAUGUCUCACUUUUCUGCAUAAAAUCCCCAUCAAAUGUGAUCUGAACUUUGUCAAAACCACACAGAUGAAAAAAAACAGUGUCUGCUUUAACUAAAACCACCCCAAAAUGUAUAGGUUUCCAUAUUUUAAUGAGGAUAGUAUUCAGACAAUGACAGAAGGGGGAAAAAUAAGUAAGUGAACCGUCACAUUUAAUAUUUUGUGGCCCCCCCUUUGGCAGCAAUAACUUCUACCAGACGCUUCCUGUAACUGCAGAUUACUCUGGCACAUCGAUCAGGACUAAUCUGGGCCCAUUCCUCUCUCCAAAACUGCUGUAGUUCAGUCAGAUUCCUGGGAUGUCUGGCAUGAAUCGCUGUCUUUAGGUUAUGCCACAGCAUCUCAAUGGGGUUCAAGUCUGGACUUUGACUUGGCCACUCCAAAACGUGUAUUUUGUUCUUCUGAAACCACUCUGAAGAUGUUUCACUUCUGUUUUUUGGAUCAUUGUCUUGUUGCAGCAUCCAUCCUCUUUUUAGCUUCAACUGUCUGACAGACAUCCUCAGGUUUUCCUGCAAAACAUCCUGAUAAACUUUUGAAUUCAUUUUUCCAUUCAUGAUUGCAAGUUGUCCAGGCCCCGAGGGAGCAAAACAGCCCCAAAUCAUGAUGCUCCCUCCAUCAUGCUUCACUGUGGGGAUGAUGUGUUGAUGUUGGUGAGCUGUUCAAUUUUUCCUACACACAGGAUGUUGUGUGUUACUCCCAAACAAUUCAACUUUGGUUUCAUCAGUCCACAAAAUAUUUUGCCAAAACUUCUGUGGAGUGUCCAAAUGUUUUUUUUUGCGAACAUUUAAUGAGCAACAAUUAUUAUUAUUAUUUUUUUUUUAUUAAGAUAGCAGUGGUUUCCUCCGUGGAGUCCUCACAAGGGAACCAUUCUUGGCCAAAGUUUUACAUAUAGUUGAUGUGUGCACAGAGAUAUUGGACUGUGUCAGUGAUUUCUGUAAGUCUUUAGCAGACAAUUUAGUUUUUUUUUUUUUUUACCUCUCGGCGUAUUCUGCACUGAAUUCUUGAUGUCAUCUUUGGUGGACGGCCACUCCUUGAGAUAGAAGCAACAGUGCCCAGUUCUUUCCAUUUGUAGACAGCUUCUCUGACUGUUGAAUGAUGAACAUCCAGACUUUAAGAAAUGGUUGUGUAUCCUUUCCCAUCUUUAUACAAAUCAACAAUCAUUGAUCGCAGGUCUUCAGACAGCUCUUUUGACCGAGCCAUGAUGCACAUCAGACAAUGCUUCUGAUCAAGACAAUUCUUUCCAGGUGUGUGUUUUAUAGUGAGUAGGGCAGCUUUAAACCACUCAUCAGUGAUUGGGCACACACCUGACUUAAAUUGUUUUGUAAAAAUUGGUUUAAAUUGCUCUUUAAGUCUCGAUAGGGAGGGAGUUCACUUACUUAUUUUUCCCCCUUCUGUCAUUAUUUGCAUGCUAUCCUCAUUAAAAUAUGAAAACCCAUAAAUGUUUGGGUGGCUUUAGUUCAAACAGACACUAUUUUUACAUCUGUGUGAUUUUGACAAACAUCAGAUACAUUUGAUGGUGAUUUUAUGCAGAACUGUGAGAAGUUGCAAAAGGUUCAGAUACUUUUUCAUACCACUGUAAGAAUGUCAACACUGUGGUGCCUUGUGAUAUGAGUGUUUUGAUUUAUGCAUUGACAAGAUCAGUAUUAUAAGUUAUGGGGGAAGAAAAUGCACUCGACCUGGUCUGUUUGUCUCCAAAACACGCAAAAAAGCAAAUGCUAUGAAACAUUGUCAUCACAUGAGUCUACAAGAUGGUUCAAGGCUCGGUAUGUACUGUAUGUUGGCUUAUUUUUGGUAGCCUUCUAUUUUUGGAUACAAUAUGAAAUGGUGAUGUGAAUUACUUGUGGGUAUUAUUCUUUGUCCAUGUGUUUUAUAGACAAUGUCAUUUGCUUGCAGUGUUUGCCCUUUGUGCAAAUUGUUUAGCAAGUGCCAGUACGCUCCAUUUUAAUCACCUAUUGCUUUGAUAUGUUCUGCUUUAUUAAAAAUUAACUAUUAAAGAAUACUUUGCUUUGGUUUUUAAGGGAUUUUUAUUUUAGGUGCAUUCAUAAAUACAAGGCCAUUCCCAUUUGCACAAAUUAAUGAAGAUAUUUAUACAUUUAUAAUUUAAUAGGGAUGCCAACAUCGACCACCGAAAAACAGAACAUCUAACUGGUAUUUAACAGGAUCAAUAAAUUCAUGAUAUUUACAACAUGUAGUUCGCACCCUAGUGUUAUGUUUGUCGAGGAUUAUUUGUUGGGAUUUUAUUAUUUGUGUAAUGUACGAUGUAUCUACUUAAGAUUUUUUCCCCCCACACAAGGCUAUUGCGUUACUUUUGCGCAGUAAAAAUGUGAGUAUAAAAUGCACUCUUUUUGAUUUGGAAUUGUUUUAUGUUUCCUGCUUAUCAAAAAUCUACAAGUACUUGAUUGUAUUGAUAUUAUAUCAAUAAAGGCCU